UUUGUUUUCAAAUUUGUGUUUGGUGUCCCGGGGAUGUCAACUAUGGUGUAUUUGAAUCUUUGCUCGUUGUUAAGUCAUUGAAGUAGUCUCAAAUACCCGAAAAUGAUUUAGCGGAGUACCAUUGAAGGCUGCUGACAUGACAGACCCAGCUAUUCUCUCUGCUUUGUGCCAGAAGCUUGGGCAUGGCUUGGAAGAAGUUCGUGUUCGAGCUUUGGACUCAAUCCUUUGCAAGCUCGAUCGGGGUUUCCUUGAAAUAGCUGAUCUCAUCCGGUCAAAGGAUUUCAUUGUUAAAUUACUAGAAUGGUUUGGUUUGCAACCUUGUCCUGCUCAAGAGCGGGUGCUAGCUCUUAUCCUGAAGCUACUGAAACACGAAGGUUCCGAUCAUUUAGUCGCUCAAAUUGGGGCUCAACGUUUCCUUUUGGCUUUAAAUGCCAUAAGGGAAAGCCUCCCUUCAGACCUCUGUCCUUUACUGGAUGACAUUGCUGGCUUGGUUAAUCGGUCACAAGUAAAAGAGUUGCCUGAGAGGGGUAGUAACAUGGAUCAGCAACCUAGUAAAAAACUAUCAGAAGGAGACUUUGUGACUGGCUCUGGAAGUAGUGCUGGUAUUGGCUUUCUGGAUGCAUCCCUUCAAGAAGCACUGCAAGUUAACCUAGGCCCUUCUGACGAUUCAGUUGAGCAAAUAUUACAUCUGCGUGAUCAAGACCACCUGGAAGCACCUCUCUCAAGCAGUGUGCUGAAACACAUCUUAUUACCGUGGCAGCCUCUUGUGUCUACUGAUCGUCAUGUCCUCAUAGCUGUGGAGGGUUCUCUUGGAAACACGCUUGAUCGAGUACAGCUAUUGAAUACAUGCUCAUUUCUUACGGAUGUUAUGAUGAGAGAUUUCCCUGCCGAAAUAUUUCUUCAAAGACCUUCGAUUGUCAUGACAUUUAUGAGACUUUUGAAGUCAAGCUUUAUGUCUGGGGAUGAUUAUCUAUCCAGAAUGAUAAUAUCUUGCCUCCUAACUCUCACUAACGCCCUUUUAAGCCGCCUUCGAUACUACCAGGAUCCCAACAUGGCUAAUCAAAAACAAGAAAGUUUUCUUCAUCAUGAGGAUGACAAUGGGUCUCAGACAUCAGCCGAAUCUUUUUUGUCCAACUUUGCAGACCAAACUGAUGUUGAAGCUUUAAAGAGAGUACCUGAAUGGAAUGAUUAUGUCCACAAACCAUCUGACCCACAGACCUCUUCUCAUGCUUCAUCACGAAGCCAGUCAUUUCCCGAAGGCAAUGGCAGUAUGGGGAGAUCCCACUAUAGUGAGGCUCAGGUUCCUUCAGAUAGUAGUGCAAGCGAAGAGUCUUCAAUGUUGAGGCUUCAUCAGUGUAGUUUGCCUCAGUUCAGUUUAAUUUCUAUGCGUUAUGUUAUACCACAUGUUGAUACACAGUCUGAAAGUACUACUCUACUCUACAAACUGAGCUGUUUGCUGACAAAUUGUGUAACACCUCAAAUAUGGCUUGCCCCUGCAUCUGAUAUGGUUGCCACUGACAUUGCUACUCAUUUAUUUGAGAUGUUGGAGAAACUUGGAGAAACAUUGCUGAUUGAUCGGUCGCAAACAGCCAGCCGCUUAACUCACUUACAGUUACUAGCAGUUACCCGCUACCUUCUUCAAAGUCUUGUACCCUUAGAAAUUGCCGACCGAUGUCUACCUAGACAAAUGAAACAGGCUUUAUGUGUUACCUUGCUGGAUGGUUCCCUUCAUGCAUUCUUUCCCUCAUUGCAUUCAGAUUUACGUCAGUACACUCAAACUUUCAAGAAUGUGCGGGAUGUAGACAGUGUCAAACUUUUUGAAAGCACUCUCUCAGUGGCUGAGUCCUUAAGCAGUGCAGCCAAACUGCUGACAUUGGAAGAUUUGUCAGAUGGCUCCAAAGUAGUACUGAAUACAGAAUGUGCUCUAGUUUCUUUGGCAUUCCAUCAAGAUUAUAGAUUCAUACCACUAGUCUUGGACACCUGUGCAAAAAAUUAUCAUAGGUGGCAUUUAACAGAGAGUGAAAACUCUACACUUUCUUGCAUUUUGCUGAAAUUAUUGUCCCAUGCUGACAUAAUUGUAAAACGGGCAACAUAUUCUCACCUUCAUAGACUGGUUCUGGAGAGCCUCAGUGUGCAACAUCCCCAUCAAUCUCCAGCAGAAUCUCUUGCAUUUUUACUUUUUAACACCCCAUUGUUGCUAGAAAUUACUACCCAUGGAAUUGCAAAUGCGGAUGAUUUGGUACAAAAUUAUGCUGAAGACAUCAUACUGCAUGCUCUGAAAGGCAGGUUUUUACUAGGGACUGCCCAUUGGACACAGUUUCUGUCAUCCCUGGAACCAGUGUUGCCCCUGUUACAAUGUUGGUCUGACAAACCUACAGCUUUGGGCCGUUCUAUUAUCACCAUGUUGAACCCGGAUGUUGGCUCACAAAUGAGCUUGGGAUCUAAUGAGCUCUUAAAGGGAAACUUGAGGCUUCUCUUCUCCAAAGACGAUUUUGUAAGAGGAGAGGCUCUGUCACGUUUAAUUUGGCUUCUAACCAAAGAGGAAGAUGCAUUCAACAAAUUACCUCACAUAGCCACAUUGCAUAACUGCGCCUCAGAUAGGAUAUGCCUUGUGGAGAAAGCAGUCGAUGUUUUCCAUAAUAUUCCAGAUGAAGUGUUCUACCAGGAGAGUAGCCUGAUUCAGGUCUUUGAAAUUGUCGAGUCAAGUGAUUUGGAACCACGAAUGCUGUUGUCUGCUGUUACUCAGUUAGCUGCGAUGCUAGAAGACCCUAGACAUCAUGAAACUUUCCUUUCCCGUGCUGGAUUAAGUUUAUCAAUUGAAUAUCUACAUGCUGCAGUUUUUGAUAAACGUUUUGAAGUCUAUCCAGAAGUGGUAGUGCCGGUUAUAAGUAUAUUAAGAAGUUUAAGUCUUCACAAUUCGAUAACCAGACAUCAACUGUCAAAGAAUAUUGCCAUAUUUUAUAGUGUUCUUAGAGGUCUUAUCAUGUUUCCUUCAGAUAUGCGGUUGCGUUUGAAUGCAUCUCAGCUUCUAGCUGUGUUGUUAUACAAUGAUGUGAUUAUAUCUGCAGCACCUCGUUCUUUGCCUGAUGGCUUUGUCAUUCGGGGGCUGUCAGUGCCUCACCUCAUUGAGUCAAGAAUGAAUCUCCCUAUAGUCUGUACAACACAUUGGAGAACCAGCCAUUACACAGAACCAUUAAUGACAGAUGUGUUGUUACGUAAUGAAGAAUGCAGAGCUUUUUUAGCCACAGCCUGGAAUUUGAGUUACUUUAAAAGUGAUCAGUCACCACUUCUAUGGACAGGCAAAAGUCUACCUCCACAGGUUCCUGUUGCUCAGAAAAACUUCUCAUCAUCUUUGUCCUUGAACAAAAAGAAUUUGCAAAGUCUACAGGCUUCAGCUAUACUUAAUGUGUGUCAAAAGCAAUUAGUUUGUAUUCAAGAAGCAUCAACACAUUCUGAUGUGACAAACUCUUUGGAUAUUUUAAAAAGUGUUCUUGCUUUGUAUAAUAUGAUAAAGGAGACUCAUUCAGUUGUUGUGAAGUCGUCAUCAGAUGUACUGUAUUUUAAAAAAUUAUACAAAGAUUUAUCAUGGCGUCAAACAUUUAGACGGUUUCUUAUGGCAGCUCCUGCAAGUGUAGAAGACCAGGCACUUUUGGUUCAAAUUCUUCAGUUUCUGAGGGCACACGUUUCAAACUCUGCUUCCUUAGGAAUUAACGACAAAGAAGGAAGAUGGCUUUCAAAACUGCUUCAGCAUCCCUCCCAGCCUCUUCCAAACCUCUUCCACACUGUGGCUCACACUGGCUAUGCGGGAGAUAAUGAAAUGCCUCAGGCACUUUCUCACUUGCCCAAGUGGAAGGACCUCUGCAAGCAGUUACUCAAAGUCAUUACUGAGUGUUCGAACUUUGAAUAUUACCCAUCUGAUCAUAUCAAUUCUGCCUUGGAAGCACCAAACAAAAACAGUGAGACUCUGGAAGGUAACAAAGAAAACAGAGGAAGUGCCCAGAAGUCUAAGAAAAACAAAAGUUCUAAAUCUGGUCCCGGCAGUAAAAGAAAUAGUGGGGCUGAACUGGAGCGAGCAGAGGAGUGGGUUGAAGAAGUUGUGUCCAGUGUAGCUGAUGAAAAGCAGUCCUCUCAAAACCGAAGUUGGACUCAUGUCAUUCAGAACAUUGUGAGUUGCCUCAAGUCAAGUGACACCCAACACUUCUAUAACCUAGCUUAUUUGAAUUGGCUUCUGUGGGCUUUGACUCAUCUUACAAGUAAGAAAGGCUGGAGCACUGAUCUAAGAAGAUCGGAAUUGAAAAGUCAUUUCUCAGAAGUGCUGGGCGUGCUUGUGGAGCUUGUCCAAGCUUUCCACUUGGAGUGUGGGAAGGGUGGCAGCUCAUAUAUGGGACUGAGCAUUACUCGGGCGUCCAUUCUUUGCCUGAACCAUUUAUUAGACGAAAUGCAGCAGUACCAGGAUUUGAAAUGGGAAGACUUCUGGCACAGGGCAACAAGGAAAGAAUUUAAAACAGCCUUUUAUGUACCGUGGCUUCCCUCAUUGUUCCAAAGUCGUGAGCCAGUUGUCAGAGCAGCAGCCUUACAACUAGCUGCUGGAGUGGCACUUUCUCCACAAGGUUGUGAGAAUGUUAUGAAUAUGUUAGUGGAUCAUCCUGACAUCUGGAUGACCCCUCUGUGCAUACUUCUUGAUAGAAAUGAGGCCAGUGCUGUUCGUGAGCAAGCUGCAAAUCUACUCACACAUCUUGCUCGAUGCAGAGUAGACAGUAAAUCUUGUGGAGAUAAUGCUCUUGAAGAUGCUGCUUUUGAAGUGUUGCUUCAACGCAUUUCAGAGGAAAGCUUUCUGGGAGAAAUUUGGGCAAUGCUUGACUCCUUAUGUCUUGCUACAUGCUGGGAACCUAGUCAUAAUUUAUCUGGGGAUGUCGGUGUUGGCUUGAUGCACUGGUCAGUGUCAGAGAAUGACACUGAGAGCAGAAAUUUUGCCCACCUGCCUGGAAACCAGUACAUUUUAGUCAACAAUAAGUCUAGUUCAGACCAUGACUUUAACCCUGUACCAUCUACUCCCGCUCUGAUCAAAAGUUUGUGCAGCUUUUUGAGCGCUAUUGGUGAUAUGAAUCAUGACACCCUGAAUACAUUUGCUAAAGCAGGACUUUCCACACAGCUUCUAAGGUGUGUUGGUACUGUGCCUCCUCUGGACUCUGAGAAUAAAAGGGCAGUUCAUUUGUAUUGUGACACUUUGAGAAUGUAUGCCAGUGUGUGUCAUUUAGUGAGUCAAUGCAUUUCUUGUAAUAUUGUUAGCUGUCACUACAUCCUUCAGCAGCCACACACAUUUCACAAGCUUUUAAUGCUUUUAGAUCCAACUCUCUUUCAUUUAGAACCUCCAGCUAUGUUAAGUUUACGAAAUAAUUUGUGGACAGAGGUACUUUGGCUCAUAUCCACACUCAUAGCAACGUCUAGUGAAAGCGGUGCAUGCAGAGAGCAAGAUGGGCAUUCAGUGCUUCACUCGCUUCUCAUAAGGUCUCGUGGAGAGCCACUUGCCAGUGUGUUAACCAUUGCAUUAUCUGGUUCAAUGUUGACUGAAUUGCAGCGAGCUGGUAUGGCAUGUGUUCAGUCUCUCUUGUCUCACCCAGCAAGUGUAGCAGGACAGCCUUUUGCUGUAUUGUUAGAUGAUGUGGAUGCAGAUUUCAACUCAUCCCUUGUUGUAGUCCAACAGGCUAACUUGGACGACUCAAUUGGAGCAUCGCUUUCCCGUUCUUUGCUGGCUUUGUAUGAUGUGCAUAGUUUACAAAUGGGAUCUGUGGAUAAGCCUCAUCCGGGAAGCUCGGAUUGGCAAUCACAACGAGCGGCUGUGGCCGGGGCCCUCUCAGCAGUUCUGGAAGCAUCAGUCACUGCAAAAGCAGUCGCACUGAAGCAAGGUUUAGUUGAGCUCCUGUGUGCUCAACUUGGGGCAAUUCAGUCUCAUUUGGUACUGGAACCUGGAGAAACAAUGAAGCGUCUUGCCACCAAGAAGAAGGUGUGUCCUGUGCUGCAAGAUUUGGACCUACUUCUAGGAUUACUGAACAGUCUUACAAUACAAAAUGUUCCGGCAAAAGAACUAGCCUCUGACGUUGGAGUGACUGAUACUAUUCACAAGCUUUGGAUGUGGUGUCAGUCCCUACCCAAUUUAUUGCUAACUGUUUUGAGGUUUUUAGCAACUUUAACUUCUGGAUGCACAGCAGCAUGCCAUUCUUUGGUUUUGACAACCUGUGUGCCUGGCUUGGGCUUAAGGCGGACACCCUCCUCUCAAAGUCUCUUGCAUACUUUGGUUGCUCUAGUUCUUCAAGAAACUGAAGCAGCUAGUGGCAGUCAUGAUUUAACUAUUUUAACCAUAGCUAGCAGUGUCCUUGGUAAUGCCUGCUUUGUACCUGAAUGCCGUACUGCCAUCACAAAGGGUAAUCUUUUGCGAGGAAUUAGGCUGCUUCAUACAAGCUUGUCCAAGAAAAGUAAACAAAAAAGGCAUGUAGAGACUAUUUGGUUGAAACUUUUGCUCCAGCUCUCUGCUCAUCAAGAAGGCCAAGUCAUUCUUCCCAAGGUUCCAGAUUUUUUGGAGUAUCUAUUGCAGCUAUCUCAGGGACAAAACAAGAACAAUAAAUUAGCUCUUCUUAUUCUAAGAAACAUUGCCUUUAGCCCAAUUAACCGGCCUCGAAUGCUUGGUUCAGGUGAGUUCUUGCUGUUGAUCAACAAAAAACUGCGAGAGGGUGAUACAGAUGAACAGGUUGCUGCUGCAGCUUCUCUAUGGGCCCUUGUCGCAAACAAUCAGAAAGGAAAAUUAACUGCCAAAUGUGUCGGUGCUGAUGUACAUAUCUUAGAUUCUCUAAGGCAGUUAGCUGUGUGCCAAAAGCCUGGAGCAGACUUUGUUGCCCAAUUAAUGAAUUGCGUUCUCAAAAUACUACGCCAUGAGCCUGGGAAUAAAUUGUCAUGAAUUGAUUUUUAAAGAAUGUGCUAAAAGUAAUUUGUAGUUCAAAUUUUAUCCAUGAAGUACUGUUAUGAUUUCUAAUUAGUUUUCACCAGCCUGUAGAGUGGGCUGCGAGUUGUAGAGCUUCCACAUAAUUAAUAAUUGUUGUUUGAAUGGUGUCUAUUAUGCGGGAGAACUACAAUAAGAUUAUCUUGUUAAGUUUUGUGAGAAUUAUUAAUUCAGAUCCCUAGCUUGAAGUAUGAAAAUGUCUAUUUCUUUCUAAGAAAUAAAUGAAAUUUUCAUUUUA